AUGAAGAUUGAUAUAUAUGAUGAAAGUGAUGGAAGCACGCCUAGGCCAAAGGAAAAUGGUUGUUCUCUUAAGCCAGUUUCACCUGACGAGUCUGGUGAAGGUUUGCCUUAUGCUCCUGUGAAUUGGCCUAAUCCUGGUGAUACUUGGCGCUGGAAGGUAGGAAAGAGAGUUUCUGGAGCUGGACACUAUCUGGAUAGGUAUCUCUAUCUUCCAAAGAGCCUUCGCAAUGCUGGUCUAACAACACGUAAGAAAUAUGGUUUUGCGAGCAAGCUUGCUGUUGAACGGUAUAUCCAAACAGCAUUUCCUGGUGCAAACAUCAAUGAAUUUUUUGCAUCAUUCUCCUGGAGGAUCCCAGCACAAAAGUCGUCGUUGGCAAAUGGUACUGCAAGGCUGAAGCAUGUGCCAUGUAUUCCGCCUUCCGAGGAAUCUGAUUCGCAGUCUGACACUGUAUGCUGUAAGGCCGGAAAUAAGAUGUGCAACAGUUUGUUGGAACAAUCAGAAAACCCACCUUUGGCAGUCAUGGAGUGUGAUAUUUGCUGCACUGAACCUAAGUUCUGUCGUGAUUGCUGUUGUAUUCUUUGUUGCAAGACUAUAAAUUCAUCAUAUGGAGGCUAUGAUUACAUUAGAUGUGAAGCAAUGAUGGAUGAGAGUUGUAUAUGUGGGCAUGCUGCCCACAUUGAUUGUGCUCUGAGAUGUUACAUGGCUGGCACUGUGGGAGGAAGCAUUGGGUUGGAUUCUGAAUACUAUUGCAGGCGCUGUGAUGCAAGGACAGAUCUGGUUUCACAUGUCACGAGGAUUUUACAUACAUGUGAAUCGCUUGAUUCUCGGGAUGACAUUGAGAAGAUUUUAAAUCUCGGUGUCUGCAUUUUGCGUGGUUCACAAAAAACCAGUGCAAAUGAGUUGCUGAAACGUAUUGAAGUGGUCAUUGCAAAGCUUAAAUGUGGGACUUGUCUUGAAGAUAUUUGGAAAGAGGAAGACAAUAUUUCAGCUGUUUCUAUGGAUGUCUCUCAUCAAGGAAAUACUGCCCUGGAAGUUACAGCAUGCCCUGAGCCCAUAGGUGUCAGAACAAGUUCAGAAGUAAUGUCUACAUCUUUUCAUUAUCGAACUGAGUCUCAAAAACUUGAGGUAGAGAUUGAUCAGGUUCUGCAGGCACUAAGAAAGUCACAGGAGUCUGAAUUUAGAAUGGCGGAGGAUAGCCUUCAUGCACAAAAGAACUAUCUUUGUAAUCUGUAUCAGCAACUUGAGAAGGAGAAGUCUGAUUUGGUACGGUGCACAUCACCUGACCCAGAUGCUUUACUGAGUACUGUAUUGAGCAGAGUGAAGCAGAUUAAAGGGGAAGUAAAAAAGCUCAAGGAUAUGGAAGAAGUGGCCAAUGGGUUUGGAAAGACUUCUAGAGCUAUCCUGAAGGAACACUUCAGUUUAGAAAUUGAGGAAUGA